UUUUCUCUCGCAGUGCCUGCAAGCCCUAGCGUUUCUCCACUGCCACCAGGUGAUCCACAGGGAUGUCAAAGGCGACAACCUUCUCCUCGGCAUGGAUGGAUCCGUCAAGUUGGCUGACUUUGGUCUCGCUGCUCGCGUCACCCCUGAGCAGAGCAAGCGAAGCUCACUUGUUGGGACACCGCACUGGAUGGCACCCGAAUAUCUAAACAAAGAGGAAUACGGAUCCAAAGUGGACAUCUGGGCACUAGGCAUCGUGGUGAUAGAAAUGCUGGAAGGACAUCCUCCUUAUUUUUGGGAAAAUCCUCACAAGGCCCUGCGUCUCAUCGCCUCCGAGGGGAUACCGGAGCUGCAAAACCAGCAGGAACUGUCCCCUGAGUAG